AUGUGCGAAUUGCUGAAGAACCACUACCAGUUCAAUCUCGCAGACACGCUCAGCAAGGCCAUCAUUCCCUUCGCGCUGUUAUCAAACGUGGAAACCGGAGAAAUCGUGCAUGCGUGUUUUGGGGAGGUUUUCCGCGGGGAUGCGCAGGGACAGAUCACGUUUUCGAUCGUGCGGCAGCUGGCGGAGAAGAUGAAGGCGAAGAAUUACCACGUUUCCCCGAAUGCGGUGCAAAUAUUUCUGGACUUGCCGCUGCACGAAGCGUUGGUGGAAGGCGACGAGCUUGGCGUGAAAUCUCACAAGAAGCGACAUCUUUCGGAAGUGGAUAAGAUUUUGGCGGAGAGCGAGGGUCCGGACCCUGCAGUGUACAAGGCGUUUCAGAAAGAUUCGUUGCAGGAAGUGCUGCUGACGUACUUCCGGAUUCUGAAGCUUCCGCGGAACGAGAAGUUGAUUCACGUGGUGCUGGAGGGACUCGCGAAGUUCGGACAUUUGCUGAAUUCGCACAUCAUCGGGGACUUGUUGGAGCUGCUGAAGUCGGUGCUGCAGCAGGAGCUGCCGAUUGAAAGCGUGCUGAAGUGCGUGCUGGCGUCGCUGCGUCUUCUGCAGAUUGCGUCUUCGGUGAUCAGCACGGACGACAGUCUGUUUCUCAGCCGGCUGUACGCUACGCGGUUUGACUAUUUGCUGCCCUGCAAUUACCCGCUGAUUCCGGAUUUUCUCGAGUGCAUCGACGUCCGCAUUUCGCUUUUUUCUUACCUCCAGAUCGGCUUCCUGCAGCGGAAGGAGCUUCUCCACGAGCGAGUAGCCGCGUAUAUCAAGGCACUGACCACGCUUUCGCUGCAGCUGCCCACGAAGUACGCGAUGGCGUGCAUCUCGCUGUCUCACUCGCUGAUGAAUCGUUAUCCCAUGUACUCCUCGCUUAUCGAGAACGAGGAGGGCCGGAGAAUCAGCGGACAGUUCCAGCUGCAGAAAGACGUUCCAGAGCACGUGAAUGGACACGCGGCGACGCUGUGGGAGUGCUGCUUGCUGCGAGAUCAUUACGAUGGAAAUGUGGUGAAGGCAGUAAAGGAGUUCGGUGAGAAGCGGAGUCGUGGAAGAGACGAGAUGUGGAAGGAAAUGCUGAAGAAAGACUUCGGACACAAGAUAUUCUCGAUUAAAUCGGUAACCAAGGCGAAGGAGAGAAAGCAGGGCAGUGAGGAAGAGGAAGAGGAAGAGGACAUCGAUGAGCUGAUUGAUGACGCGUUUGGAUCGGAUUCGGAGGAGGAUCAGGAAUGGAGUGUUUGUUUGAACUAA